AUGUCUGCUUCCAGCUCUACCACCCAGGUCUUCGGAAUCUCCCAGGCGAUUAGUGUGGCCAAGCCAACCGCUCAGGAUCUGAAGCUCACGAAAAUGAUGGUGAAGACGUUGGAAGACAUGAAGAGCUUCGAGCCGAAAGAAGAAACAAAGAAGAGACAGGAGGUGAUGGGCAAGCUGAAUGGACUCGUGAAGAAGUGGAUCGGUGCCCUGGCCGAGGUACGAAUGCCGUCGGAAGAAGGAUUCGUGCCAGGAGGUAAGCUUCUUGCAUUCGGGUCUUUCAGACUGGGAGUGCACAGCAGUGGCGGGGACAUUGACACGGUCCUGGUCGCGCCGAGUUUCGUGACCAGGGCCGAUUUUUUCAGCUCAUUCAAGAAGAUGCUCAUGGAGGAUUCGGAAGUGACGGAGCUCAACGCAGUGGUGGACGCAUUCGUGCCGAUCAUGACGCUGAAGUGCAUGGGAGUGGAGGUGGACCUCCUGUUCGCCCGUCUGAUGCUGAAGGAAGUGCCAGAAUGCCUGGAUCUUUCUGAUGACGCACUGCUGGCGAACAUGGACGUGAAGUGCAUUCGAUCGCUGAAUGGAAGUCGGGUCGCUGAAAAGAUUCUCAGGUUAGUUCCAAAUCAAAACACUUUCUGCACUGCCCUUCGUGCAAUCAAAAUGUGGGCUAAAAACCAUGGGGUCUACUCGAAUUCCCUGGGCUUCCUGGGUGGGAUCACUUGGGCUAUAAUGGUGGCCCGUACCUGCCAGCUCUACCCCAACGCGGCGCCAUCCAAAAUCAUCGAGAAGACGUUCUUCGUCUUCUCCACGUGGAACUGGCCGGCUCCGGUCGUUCUGGACCGUAUGAGCACGGCGGCCUUUCCGUCCGUGGCUCGAUUGGUCUGGAAUCCGAGCGUCAACCACGCCGACUCAUACCACUUGAUGCCGGUGUUGACUCCGGCGUUCCCGGAGCAAAAAUUCAACUUUUAA